AUGGAUGAAAUAAAUUUAACUUCGAAAGAACGAAAUUCACAGAAAGAGACUGACAAUAAAUCAACGGCUAAUAUGAGCAGUACUCUUUAUUUAGAUAAUGCUGAUCAGAAUAAUGAAGAUGAAAAUGUAAGUAAAAAUGAGGGAAAUGUGGAUGCGGUUGAUUCUGUGGGAAACACAAAAAAAGAAAAAAAAGUUAAGAAAAAAAAAAUUGACAAGAGUGUAAAAAAAGGUGGCAAUAGUGCAGACAAGAGUGAUAAAAAGAAAAAAAAACUAAAAAAAGAAAAAAAAAUAAAAAAAAUAAAAAAAAAAAUUCAAAAGGAAAAAGAGAGUUCUGAAAACGAUUCUGAUGAAGAACUAUAUAAUAAUGAUAAUUUUUUUAUGGAUAGUAGAUUACAAAAAAGUAAGAAAAAGAACAAAAGUAAAAAAGAAAAGAACAAAAGUAAAAAAGAAAAGGGCAAAAGUAAAAAAGAAAAGGACACAAAAGAUGUUCAAAUUAAUGAAAUAAAUAAAAAAAGCAAAAAAAAUAAAUCGAAAAAAUAUGAUUGUUUAGUUAGGAAUAUGUUAUUAAACGAAUAUGAUGAAGAUUAUGAAAAACAAUUACAAAUAUAUGCAACGUAUGGACUAAAAAAAUAUAUUAAUUUUUUAAAAAAUUAUCAAGACACAUUAAAGGAAGAUAUAAAAAAUAAUCCCCCCAAAAAAUCAAGACAUUUGUAUGUUUGA